UUAAUUAACCAUUAUAAGAAAAAAGGUUUUGGCAAUAUUGGUAUUGAGUUUUGAUUUCGUGCAAAAAGUUGUGCGUAAAUUGUAAAAAAGUUAGAUUGUCAUAUUAAUAUAUUUUAAUCUUGGGUGUUUAAAAGAAUUUCUUAAUCAAUGGAAGACGUUCAAAGUUGGUGGGAAGUGCCUGCUAUUACACAUUUCUGCUCAGUUUUUCGGGCAGCAUUUAAUCUAAUAUACUUUGAUGUUGAGGAACUUGAAGCAGCUAUUCUUAACAUGCAGGAUCCAGAAAUAUCAAUAUCACUGGAUCAAUUGAUUACUAAACUUUUGGAAGGUUGCUAUGAUGAAGGAGAAGUGAAAAGUUUCAACUGGGAAGAAAAAUUGAAAGAGUUAUUUGAUGGUAAUUUGGAUGAAGAGGAGAACAUUCUAAAUAAUUCUUCCUUCCAUUCACUGACCCCUCGCUUAAAGGUCGAAGUAUUGUUUAAACUCUGUCACAUUCGACUGGAUGUUGCAGCUGCUGAAGACUUAAUUAAGGACAUUCCGGCUGAGCAUAUGCAGGCAAAAUGUAUUGGUCAAGACAGUGAAAAAUAUUCCUAUUGGUAUUUCAGUGAUGAGCGCCUCUAUAAAGAAAGUCUAAAUGCUGCGAAGCAGAAUUCCCUGUCAAAGAAAAAGAAAGUUGAAAAUGUUCCUGUAAAAAAUGGCAGCAGACGUCAAGGUGCUCGGAAUAUAAAACCUGUUGUUGUUCCUCCUAGUGAUAUCCCCUGGUCAAUAGUGUGUUUUAAUUUGAAUGAUUGGGAAAAACUGGCUCAGAAGUUUUCAAAGAGCAAAAAUGCAAGUGAAAAAGAAUUAGCUAAAGAAAUUAAGACACAUUAUCUUGAAAACAUCACAAAAAUUGUUAAUGAAAAGGAGCGACUUUUGAGGAAGAGGUUGUUAGAAUUAGCUCCAAAGCGGACUUCUUCCAGAAUCUGUAAAGUGCAGGCUGCAAAAAAACUGGAAGAACAAAUGGCUGCUGAAGCUGAAGAGGAGAGGAAGAGGGAAAAAGAAAAAGAACUUUCCAAACAAGCUGCUUUAAGAAAGAUUCAGGAAAAAGAAGACAGAAGAAAAAGGGCAGAAGAAAGAAGUAAAAUUAUUGAAGAAAGAGCAAAAAGAGUUGCACAAAGAGGUAUGCUGAAAAAUUUUGUCGAUGACUAUCAGGACUCAAACGAUUCUAAAUAUGAUCAAAGGAACGACUCAGACGAAAGUUAUUCAGAAAAUGAAAGCGAUGAAAAAGACCAUAAUGAGCAGUCAUCAGCUUCUGAAGAAGAUGAGGGUGACGACGAAGAGUUAUCUUGUUCGGACGAGAAUGAAUCGAAUGAAAGUGAAUCGGACAACGAGGAAGAGUCGGACUGUGAUUCAGAAGACACUAAUGGUAGAAGUUAUAUUCAGCAAGAUGUUAUUCACACAUAUGAUCUUACUAAAUGGAACUCUACUAUUGAUACAAAAGGGCAGAGACUUCACAUUCUGCAAACUGCACCCAGUGAAGAUAUCAGCAGAAAGCGUUUAAGGGUUAAUGAAGCUGGUAAUUACAAAGUUUCUAAAUUAAAUGGUUUAAACUCUGUGACACAAAAGGAAAACCAUAAUCGCCAGUCUUAUCAUACGCCCAAUGGUAAUUCUUACACUAGCGUUGCGCCUCAACACUACAUAAAAAUUGAUAUUCUCAAACCAGCUACGAAACAAGCAUCAAAUUAAUGUUAAUUUUUCUGACUCAUUCAUGUAAAACUACACUCUUAAGAAGUUUGGUCUUUGUUUCCUGCAUUUUCUAUGAAUUUGUUCGUGUGUUUUCCAAUUCAACAGUUUUGUUUAUCAUGUUUUUGUUACCCAUAAAGACUGUUUUAAAGCA